AUGACCAAUUCUGUCACAUUAGACUUGACCGUAGGCCAUAAAUAUGCCGCGGAAGCUGUCAAAGGGGUCUUAGGUACAAUUCUCUUUCAUAGGCAAUUUUCUACCGUGAUAUCAAAGACUGUAGACAUGUUAGAAGUUACAGUUCCUACAUUAGGAAACACUCAGUUGGACGAGACUCUUACCAAUAAGGCUGCAGAAUUCGUGGAUGGAAUUCCAAACCAACACGGAGCUUCUUCACAAAUGAUGCUUCUUUUUUAUGAGAGAUUACCUAAGAAGUCAUGGUUUGGAACAGGCACAGUAAAUCCGUGGGAGCAGUGGCUCGUCAAUGUAAUGAUUACCGAGUCAAAGGACUCUUAUACUGCAUCUUCUACAUCUUUGGAAUGUGCAUUGGAACAAAUCGUUCAGGCUGUCAACCUACGUAGCCUUUCCUACCUUCCCCCAGUCGCAGCAGACUCUGGAAAUUAUCCGUAUGAAAUAGUCAUUCCAACGUCUACUGAAGGCUGGGGGUCUUUAUUGAAACGAAUGAUUAUUGAAAAUAUCAGCGGAAGUGAUUGA